AUCAAUACCACCAUAAGCAAACAUGUUUGGUAGAGCCUUUCGUUUUGGGAUUCCUGUUUUAUCAGCAGGAGCAGUAAUAGCAACAAGCAACAAUGGAAUAGUGCACAAUGAUUCAAAAAAGCGUAACUUUUACGAAGACGAAAGAGACGUUGUCAAUAUCCCAGGAACUGUGACUCCAGCUCCAGCAUCAGAAAUUGCAGCACUUGGAAGCAAUAGAAUCAUCGACGGUAUUUCCGUCCGUUCCACUGGUACCACAGAGCAAAUAUUUAAAUCAGUAAGAGAGUUCACCGAGUCCACUGCCGAUUCGAUUCAACUGUGGUUAAAUUCAAGCUACACCAAAUACAAUGCCACCGAAAGAGCAGUCGCUGAUACCGUUAGUGGGUUGCACAAUAGAUCAGAAGAUCUCUUACCUAAUUCCAUAUAUAUUGUCAUUGCCUUUUUAGCCGGGACAAUUGCUGCCCGUCCAAGAGGUGUUCUUGCCAGAGUCACAUUUCCAACCAUAUUCGGACUUGGGGCAUUCAAAUACUUUUUACCACGCACAUUUGACAACAGCAUGCAAUUCUUGUGGCAAGUUGAACAAAAUAAAGUUCCAGCAUUGGCCAAACAACAAGAAGCUACUUACAACUCAGCAGUUGGACUUGUGCACUCUAUAGAAGAAACUACCGAAAACAGUAAGAAGUCGAUCGAAGCACGCACUGCCGCUUUAAGAAAAUCUAUUGCUGAUAUUACUGGGUUAAAUAUCGACGAGGAAGUUUCCAAAAAGUAAGAUUCUGUAUAUUGAUAUAGCUUAACAAAAAGAUAUCAUAUAG